CGCAGAGGAAGUGUACCUGCGCGGCGCUAGGACCCAGCGGAAGCAGGUGUGGGUCACUCUCUCCUGGCAGCAGGGACGAGGUGUCGCCGCGGCUGCAGUUUGAACAAAGUUCUUUUAAACUAAAAUUGAAUCUGCAGCGAGAAAACGUCGCAGGUAAACAACCCCAAAGCCUGUGUUGACUUUAAAGAAAAAGAGGCGUGAGUGAAAACAAGCUGCUGCGUCUAUGUCACCUUCCUCUUCCUCCCCGAGACCUUUCUGAAAACACCUGCGUGAUUCAGGUAACUCACCGAUGAAGAGGGAAGUCCCUGGGCACUGAGCGGUGAAAAAAGUUUGUCCUGCGGGGAUGUGUUCCAGUCGGGGUUUAUGUGGCGGCAGCGACCGUCCCAACAGGUCCUCCAGCUCGGAGGGCAGCGGCUCGGGUGCUCACUACGCCCUGUGCGCUCUGGGAGUGGGACUCGUCGCCCUGGGCGUCGUCAUGAUCGUGUGGACGGUGAUACCGAUGGAUGGAGAGAACUCCAACACUGCGACGGGCAACUCCACCAACACCGGGAAGGAUGACGAGAAUGAUGACAGCAGCGACACCUCAAAGUCUUCGACGGUGGCGAUGGUGCUGGUUGGAGUCGGGGCAGCCCUGUUGCUUCUAUCGAUUUGCCUCGGCGUGAGGAGCAAGAGGAACGCACGCAACAGAAGUAACCAGCCGGCACCGACGGGCGGCCUGCUCAUGGGACAUGUGGCGGGGCAGGAGGAAGAAUCAGCCGUAGACCCGACCACAUUCACUGUGCCGAGCUACGAGGAGGUCGUCGGCACCGACGACUACCCUGUCCGCAACAGCAACCUACGCCAAAGCACCUCCCAGCUGCCGUCCUACGAGGACAUCAUAGCUGCUGUGGAAAACGAGGGAGCGGAGCACGCCACCAACCCUGCCGAGGACACCCCUCUGAACGAUCAGACACCAGCUCCCGCUCAACCCACCGCAGAGCCCCAGGCCGACCCAGCUGGCCUGAGAUCAAACCCGAGCCUGCCCAGCCGUAGCACCAGCCGGGCCAGCCGCUUGCUGCGGCCCCUGCGGGUGAGGAGGAUCAAGUCAGACAAACUGCACCUGAAGGACUUCCGCCUCCAAAUCCGCACCCCCACCCAGAAUCCAGUGACCAUUGAGCCCAUCACUCCACCGCCGCAGUAUGACAAUAAGAUGCCUGAGUUACAGCCGGGUAGUGACUCUGUUCCAGAUGAAUAAAAAUACCCCCGUGUUAAAUGGACUAAUGAAAACACUUGUGAGAACCCACUUUCAAGGCUGGUGUUAAGUAGGUUAAACGAUGCUGCGAGCGGCGCGAUGGAGGCCGUGCAGAAAUGAGAAUAUUUCAAGAGAAUCUUUAUCACGGAAGCUUGUGAUCGGCAUAUUUAUUCAGUUGUAGCACAUAAAUAAGUGUGUGUGUGUGUGUGUGUGUGUGUGUGUGUGUGUGUGUGUGUGUGAAAGGUUCUGCUUUUUGUUUUAAACAUUGUCAUAACUUAUAUCAACCAUAGGACAGCCUGAUCUCUUUAACUCCUUUAGUAUGUUUUCCACCUUAGCAGGAGUAAGUGUUGUUGUCGUAUGAUGGUUUUGAUUAGUUGUUGAAUUAAUUAUGGAGAUACUGAAAUAUGUUGUGUUUCAAAGGGGGGAAAAAGGGAACCUAAUUACGUGGGAGAUUUUAGGUGGUAUUACAUAUCAUAAUAUAAAAAUAUUGCUAGAUGUUCAAUAAUCUUUUUGUGAUUUGUAACUGAAGAAAAUGCACUGAGGCAAAAUAUUCGACGUGUCAGCUGUUUGUGAGGUUUUUUUGUAUGCUGUUUUUAAAAAAAAAAAAAAAAAAUCUGUUGUGUUCAACAAAGUGGUUGAAAACAACAAUGUGUACUGGGAACACUGGGAACAUUUAUACCUUGUGCCAGUAAAACCAGAACUACUGAACAUUCUGGGGAAGGAUCUGGCAUACAGGACUAACAUGCAUUGUUUCGUAGGACUUUUAAAGGUGUUCAGACGUUUAAACUAUCUUGAAAUAUUUGUUGGAAAUAAAUGUUUUUGUUUUUUUUUUCUUUUAGGAUCAUGUCAAGAUUUUAUAUUAUUGUUGAAACAAUGUCACUGAAAAUGACUUAAUUCCUCAAAGAUCAUCUUUGGAAGGAAAUAAUACCUUUGGGUUGGUCGACACUCCAUCUUCUGAUGAUUUGUCUUGAUUGCAUGCUGUAAGUCUGAUAGAGCUGAAUUUAUUUUGAAAGAGAUUAAUAUUGUCUUUGUACUUGCAGUUAAUAAAACUGUGACUAACUGUA